AAUGCAAUUUGUUUCCAUAUUUCAAUGCAACUAUCUGUUUCAAAAACUCUAGUUGAAGACUACAUUAAUAUGAAGAUCAUGUUUCAUGACAGAUGAUACAAGAAGGAAAUUAUUGGACUGGUCACGGCAUUUUAACAUUAUUUGUGGAAUUGCUGAAGGACUUGUCUAUCUACAUGAAGAUUCUCAAUUGAGGAUCAUGCAUAGAGAUCUCAAAGCAAGCAAUGUUUUGCUUGAUAGUGAAAUGAACCCCAAAAUUUCUGACUUCGGCAUGGUUAGAACACUUGGAGAACAGUCUGAGGGAAGUGCAAAGAUUGGUUGAACCUAGUAAGUUAAACUAUUAGAACACUUGGAAAACAGUCUGAGGGAAGCACAAAGAAAGUGGUUGGAACCUAUGGUUAUAUGGCACCAAAAUAUGCCAUUUAUGGGCAAUUCUCAGUAAAAUCUGAUGUUUACAGCUUCAGUGUACCAUUGUUGGAGAUGAUAAGUGGGAAGAAGAAUAGAGGGUUUAACCAUCUCAAGCAUGGCCUUAACCUCGUUGGACAUGCAUGGAGAUUGUGGAAAGAAGGAAAUCCUUUGGAACUGAUUGAUUCAUUUUUACAAGAGUCUUGCACUCUGUCUGAAGUAUUAAGAUGCAUCCACAUUAGUCUCUUAUGUGUUCAAAAACACCUUGAGGACAGGCUAAGGAUGUUAUAUGUGGUUUUGAUGCUUAGUAGUGAGAUAGCCCUAGAAUAACCCAAAGAACCAGGUUUCCUUAUUGACAAGAAAUCACUUGAAACAAAUUCUUCAUCUAGCAAACCUGAAUUAUCUUCAACCAAUGAACUUAGCCUCUCAGUGUUGGAUCCAUGAUAAUGGUUUCUCGAAAACUACUUGCCUUGUGCUACACAAGUUGCUAAGUGUUGUUUAGGAAUGCAUGCCAUAUACCUUAACUAUUA